UUCUUCUCUCCUUCUGCAACAAACCCUAAUUUUUAAAUUUUGUAUUUCAUAAACUCCAUCUUAAAGUUCAGAUCUAUCUAUAAUCACAAAUUUUGACCUCUUUUCUCUAUCAUGCUUCAUCCUAUCAUUCCACUUCUCUCAACUGUUCCGGCGAUUUCCAAGUGAUGGUUGCUACUUUCAAACAAAGUCGAUUUUGAUGGUGACAAAAUCAUACGUUAAGUUUAACGAUUCUCGGAUAUGGGUCAAGUGUCAGAUCUCUUUUCAUGCAUUCAAGUUUUGUUACUGAAGUAAAACCCAAUGAAGUAAAAGCAUGGUAUGAUUCAAGCAGGUUGAGUGAGUCCAGGGAGAUGGAAAGUUACGGUGCUUCUAACAAGCAUGCUGAUAAACGGGCAAAGAAGAAAAAGGGGAAUUCCAAUGAGAAUGCUAUUGACAUGGUAUUCGUAUGGUUUCAACAUAGAAAAUAUGUUGGUGCAUUGCUCAGCUUACAUCAAACACUGACGCAUCAUGUUGAUAACAGGCACUUAUCACAUAAAACAUCAACUAAUAAUUGGCACUUACCAGAUCCAAUGCAGAUUCAUUAUGCUGAUAGUGAUAAUAGUCACUUGAAGCUAUGGGCUUAAGGAUUCACUUUUUCCAAUUACUUUGCUGUUAUGGUGGUUUAAUAAUUGUUUUAUUAAUUUCUAAUGAUUUCAUUGGUUAUGUAGAAAAAUGCUGAUUUGUAGCAGCUGGAACUAGAUAUGGAGAAUAGACAAUCUAAAUUAAUGGAUGUCAGUGGGAACUCUUAGUGGAGAUAUUAAUCUGGUAAUAAUUGUUUAAAAAUUAGUA